GAGAGGCAAGCACUCUACUCGUGCACUUUGCAGUAAGUUGCGGGCGGCUGUUGCUGGCGUGGCGGUUGCUGGUCGCGCGGGGAACUUUUAACACGCUGGAUCCCAAAGUCCGUCUCUCUCACCUGUGCAGUUCGGAGCUGCCAUGGAUUUCGCGGCCGGAUUUACUAUCCUAAUCACACUGCCGAUGUUUCUGCAGACGAACGGCCUCUAUAUUGCCAGUAGCAUAGAUUCCCUGCAGCAUGUACUGGGGGACUAUGGACUGGUGAAGCCCAUUCUUACAGAUGCAGAAGGCCGCUUCCUGUCCCAUGCGGUAUCAGUUGGUCCAGCAGAUGGGCAGUUCCGUAGGCGCUGGAGAAGAGAGGCGGCAUCUGCCGACCAUGCCCACCAUGAGUCCGAAGGAGGCACGCUUGACCGGCUCUACUACAAUGUCACCGUCUUCAACCGGGAGUUUCACCUGCGUCUGCGGCGCAACACGCGACUGGUGUCACCCGGAGCCAAGAUGGAGUGGCAGGUUUCCGGCAGCACGCGCUCUGAGCCUUUGAAGAGUGACUGCAUGUAUGUGGGUGACGUUACAGACAUGCAGGGAGCCUCUGUAGCUAUUAGUAACUGCGACGGCCUGGCGGGGAUGAUCAGAACUGAGCAAGAGGAGUUUUUCAUUGAGCCAGUGGAAACGGGGCAUCAUGUGAUGAAGCAGGAGGAAGAAGGCGGAGGCCGCUCACACAUCGUAUACCGUUCUGCUGCUGUGAAGAAGCCUCCCGUAAGCACGAAUGCAGCAGACUUCCACUCCAGAGGUGCCAAUCUGGGCGGGCUGAUGGACCUUGAGACCCUGUACCAGGGCGUCGAACGGAGCAUUAACCGGAGCCGACGAAUCCGCAGGCAGUCCCCCGAACGAGCCUACAACAUCGAGGUUUUGCUGGGGGUGGAUGACUCCGUGGUGCAGUUUCACGGGCAGCAACAUGUGGAGAAGUACCUCCUCACUCUUAUGAACAUCGUGAACGAGAUCUAUCACGACCAUUCCCUGGGGGCGCGAAUUAACGUGGUGCUAGUUCGGAUCGUUUUGGUGGAUGCCAAAAAAUCCACAAGCCUCAUAGAGCUGGGCAACCCUUCUCAGAGCCUGGAGAAUGUGUGUCGCUGGGCUUUUGAACAGCAGAGGAAGGACACCACUGAUAAAGAGUACCACGAUCACGCCAUCUUUCUCACUCGUCAAGAGUUUGGACCCACUGGGAUGCAAGGUUACGCUCCUGUCACAGGCAUGUGUCAUCCCGUACGGAGUUGCACUCUCAACCAUGAGGAUGGUUUCUCAUCUGCAUUCGUGGUUGCGCAUGAAACUGGCCAUGUGUUGGGAAUGGAGCAUGAUGGGCAGGGGAAUCGUUGUGGAGAUGAGGUGCAGAUGGGGAGCAUCAUGGCCCCACUAGUGCAGGCUGCUUUCCAUCGGUUUCACUGGUCCCGCUGUAGUCAACAGGAACUGGGUCGAUACCUACAUUCGUAUGAUUGUCUCCGUGAUGACCCAUUCGAGCACACAUGGGAGGAGCUUCCACAGCUGCCCGGGCUUCAUUACUCCAUGAACGAACAGUGUCGCUUUGACUUCGGAGCCGGAUACAUGAUGUGCACAGCGUAUCGCACAUUUGACCCCUGUAAGCAGCUUUGGUGUGCUCACCCAGACAACCCCUUCUUCUGCAAGACCAAAAAAGGACCGCCUAUUGAUGGCACAACAUGUGGAGAUGAGAAGCACUGUUUUAAAGGGCAUUGUGUGUGGCUGACUCCAGACAUUAUAAAGCAGGAUGGAAGCUGGGGCAUGUGGAGUGAAUUUGGCGCCUGCUCUCGCUCCUGUGGAAGGGGUCUACAGUUUCGCACCCGAGACUGUGACAAUCCACUUCCAGCUAAUGGUGGACGUUCUUGUGCCGGCCCGAGCUAUCAGUUCCAGAUGUGUAAAACUCACGACUGUGAGGACCCAUACCACGACUACAGAGCCGAGCAAUGUAGCAUGAUGGACAACAAAUUUGAUUAUCAGAAUACCUGGCACUACUGGCUGCCUUACGAACACCCUGACCCUAAGCAACGCUGCAAAUUGUACUGUCAAUCCAAAGAGACGCGAGCUGUGGUGAACAUGCAGACUCUGGUGGAACCUGGAACACGAUGCUCCUACAAAGACCCCUACAGCGUCUGCGUCUAUGGAGACUGUGAGAAAGUGGGCUGUGAUAAUGUGGUUGGAUCAGGUCUACAGGAAGAUAAGUGUGGCAUCUGUGGGGGAGACGGAACCAAGUGCAAGACUCACAAGUUUAACUUCACCUUUGCAGAGAAAAAAGGUGUCAUUAAAGUGCUUGAGGUUCCCAGAGGGGCGAGGCAUCUCUUCAUCCAGGAAUUCAAUGGGACUACACACAUUUUGGCUGUCAGGAAUAAAGCAUCAGGUGACUUCUUUCUCAAUGCACAUGGAGACUUUCCAGAGACACGCUCUGUCAUAGAGAAAGGUCUGGAAUGGGAAUAUGAGAAUAAAAACAACAAGGACACCAUUCAAACGAACGGACCCCUGAAAAACGACGUGGUUGUCAUGAUCCGAAUGCAUGGGUCAGACAAGGUGAAGGUGUCGAUCAAAUACAUCACUGAUAGUGACAGACUGAGUGAUGGUGCCAAUGAGAAUAACAUGGUCCCUGAUAAUGCUGUGCCAUAUUCGUGGGUGGUGAAGAGAUGGACUCCCUGUUCCAAGACCUGUGGAGGAGGUAUUCAGAUGACGCGUUACGGCUGCCGUAAGAACGCAGAGAUGAGGAUGGUCCAUCGCAGAUUCUGUGAGAAAAUCAAGCAGCCUCCUCCACUGUUUCAUGACUGUUACCUGAGAGAGUGUGCUCAGCCCAUCUGGGUUGCUGGAGAGUGGGGUGAAUGCAGUAAGUCCUGUGGGAAGACGGGCACUCAGACUCGCUCAGUGCGCUGCGUCCAACCUUUGGGUGACGGCAAGUUCAAAUCCAUCCGCAGCCGUUACUGCAGCGAUGAUCGGCCAGAGUCCCGCAGAGAAUGCAAUCGCAACCUGUGCCCUGCUGAGUGGAGACUGGGACCCUGGUCACAGUGCUCUGUAUCAUGUGGUAAUGGUACUCAGGAGAGGCCGGUGCUUUGUCACACCCGUGAUAACACCAUUGGACUCUGUCUGGACUCUAAACCAGCUGCAUUCAGACCCUGCAGAAUGGAUCACUGCCCAAGAAGCACUUCUGACUUCAACAAGCAUGGUAAUUUCCUGAUACAGUGGCUGUCGCGUCACGACCCCAAAUACUCUGUGCAGAGGAUGUCAAGACAGCGUUGUCAUGGUGACCGUUCUGCAUUCUGUCGCAUGGAGGUACUGCAGCUGUAUUGUCACCUGCCGGCUUUCCAGCGCUUGUGCUGCAAGUCCUGCAGGCCUGGGAAUUCUAUGAAGACCACUGUGACCACAAAUAACCACCUGUCCACAUCAGAAAUAUCCACCAAAGGACAAUCCACCUCCACCACCCAUAGUCCUACACACACCACCAAAGCUUCUCAUAAGCACCGGUGGACGUCCACAGUCGCCUUUGCAGCAUAUACACAAAGGAAAAGUGCCACUUCAGUGAGCAAACCUUGGUUAUCUACAGCCUUGGCAGCAUCAACGGGUACUCAAGGAUACACUACAGCUCCCAUUUACCAAUACACUACAACUCCCACCCAGGCACACACUACAACAAAUUUCCUGACAGAACAGAGCACACCCUUUGCCAUUCCUACAACAAGGCCCAAUGUCAAGUCUACAACUGUAAUUUACAUGACAAACAGCACCAAAUUGCCUUUUAGCACUAUUGUCCCAAUCAUUGUCAAUGAUGUGAAUGACCUUACUCUCAUUCCCAGUACCACUGUCCAGUCCGAAGAGUUUUAUGCAAGCAGUAAUGCACCACAUGGGGAUAAUGGUGCAGCUUUGCAGUCAACAACAACAAAUGGUGUCAAUGAAAAAGAAUCAGCCACCUCAGGCUGGUUGGAUGCCAGCAUCCCAAUAACUAUUGAAGUACUAACUCCCAUGGCAUCAGCUUCUACGUCCAGUACACACCAGCCAAAUACAACAGUAUCGAGCACAACAACGUCCUUGACCGCAGCAUCACUGACAACAACGGCAGAGAAGACAAGCAGACAACCGAAUAAAGUUGAAGAAACAAGCGAGAGCAAUUCUAUUGACAUACCUUUCCAAAUAAUCCCGUUGGACAAUGAGUUUCCUCAGAAUAACAUCAUCCCCAGAAGAGGGCGCGUGUUUCUGAGUGAGAGAACACGAAAUAAGCGCAUCCAGGAGCUACUUGAGGAGAAGCGAAACUUUUUGAGACGGAUAAAAAGAGCACAGGGGAUUUGAACACUUUGUGGUUUCUCUUAUGCAGAUACUUCUAAGGCUGCCAAAUGUAAUAUCUGACUUAAUCUUGGUGCUUUGAUUAGGUACUGAAAAUGGGCUACAAACUUACGCUCUUUCCACACACUCUUUUAAUAACACGGCAAACUGAUCUUGGUGGAACCAUGGCACUAGCAAAUGUUUGCAUAGUUGCUUUGAACAUCGAUGAAGUAACUUUAGGAGGUUCAGGGUUCCCAUGGUCAAGGAAAACCUGAAAAUAUCAGGGGAUUUGUAAUUUUCAGGCAUGGAAAAUAAAAAAAUAAAAAAAUUAUAGAAUCACUAAAAGUUAUAUAAGAUUGACAUUUCUACCAAGCUGGUCUAAUAGAACAACAUAUUUGCAAAAUUAUUUUUACGUGGCUUGCUAAAUGUGUCUUGGCACUUUCCUGGUGAAAUGAACACUUGAAGCAUUACAACAAAAACACAUUUUAUUUCCUUUCACACAAAUCACAAGACAAAUGGUAAAAUAUCAGUUCUAUUACAGGAACUUUUUCCCUGUUCCUCACAUAAUGCUCUUAUGAAAUCUAAAGACUUUAACUGUAAUGCAUGAAUUUUCAAGAGAUACAUUUUAAAUUGGUUUGGGAUCUAUGCCUUUUUCACACAUCAAUAAUCUGAAGAUUUUCCCGAUGCUAAUCGAUAUAUAUAUAUAUAUAUUGGGAUUCUUUCAGAUACAGUAGGCAUGCUCGUUGCGCUAUAGUAUUUGUCUCUUCAGACAAAUUUCACAACACAACUUUGGUAAAGUGUGAGCAGCAGGGAAAAUUAAAGGUGUUGCACAUCAGACACAUCUUGCGGAUGACAUGGAGACUAAAACCACCAACGCUCAGCGUCAACAUUCUGAGGUGCCACAGUGUGCGACUUCAUUAAAUUAGACCUAAUCAUCAUAAAAGGACAAAGAUUAUUUACUGUAGCCAUCACUGGAUGAUCUAUUGUAAACAUGUAUUUUCAGUUACAAAUAUGUUGUUUUGUGAUUUGACGGCUUGAAUGAAAGACCCAUUCAAUGCUACAUACAUAGAAAUUGCAUAAUAUACAUCACCAUUUCUAAUCGUUAGUUUGCACAGUUUCUACAAAAUCAGUGUGACAUUUGUUCAUUGUUGAUGAAGUGCCAACACUUUCAUAAAUCUGGACUGUCAUCACCUGCCCCACUUCAGCUCAUCCUGUGUGUGUGUGUGUGUGUGUGUGUGUGUGCGUGUGUGCGCGCUUCAGUAAAUGGUAUAUCGCCCUCUUGUGGUCUCCCAACACUAUUACACCAGACUGAUAAGCAGAGGCCAAUUGAGUGAAUUGGAAAGCAUGAAAAUGGGGCACACAAAUUAAAUUGUAAUUUAAAUGUUGGCUAAUUUUAAUAUAUCAAUGCCUCAAAAAUAUAUAGAUAAAAUAACAUGCCAAUCAAUAAUAAAUAUAUCAAUAUUAGGGGUGGGGGAAAAAAUCUUUCAGCGAUGCAUCGCGAUUCAUACUCAAACGAUUCUGAAUUCAUUCUCAAAAGAAUCAGAAUCGAUUCUGAGUUCAGUUUAAAUCACGGCAGAGCAGUGGCAUGCACCAAAGACAGAUGUAGAAACAUAGACACGAUUUAAUGCAUACAAUAAUGUCAAGUGCACAAACACGACUGUUUGCUGACCAGUUGUAUCAAACACAUGACAAUUUGUGUCUGAAUGAAACUAAAAUCCAGAAAGGUUUGAUAUCCAUUUUAGCUUUUGUGACUGGGUCGUGCAAUCUUCUACUCGCAGAGCAAACAGAUGGAACAGUGCAUAGGAUGCUUGAUACAUUUCUGAAGCAACAACUGUGCUAUUUAAACCGCAUUACUAUCACCUGUGUAGGUGAGGCGCUGACAGCUGAACUUUCAUAUAAACUGAUAUAUCGCUCAUCCUGGACCAGCAACUUCCAGUUUUGCUUAAAAAUGUAAAUGAAUAGCAUGGCAUAGAUUAAUUUUAAAUAAUAAUUAAAUACUAUUAAAUUGUUUACAAUGCUUAAACAAAAAAAAACAAUUAUAAUAUAAUCAGUUGAAGUAAUAGUAUUCAGUGUGUUUUGAUGGAGAACCAAUAUUUUUUCUUUCUUUUUUUCUCUUAAACUAUAGAACCAUUUUUAAAUCUUGUGGAUCUUCCAUGUUUUGUUCACAGCUCAUAUUGAAUGUAAAAGGCCAGUUUAUGUAAUGUUCUGAUUUUUUUAAAACAGCUGUUAAAUAAAAAGCUGAAAGGAAAAAAAAUAUAUUUUGAAGAAACUAAAAAAAGAAAGAAAUUAAAGGACAAGAUGCAUCAUGAUGCAUGGAGAAUCUUUUUAUAUUCAAAUCAUUACCCUUUGAAUCAUAAUCGAAUCAAAUCUUGAGGCCAGUGGAUAUUUUAUGACAUCCCUAAUUUUGACAUUUGCAUUACAUGCACAUGAGUCGGAAGUGUCGUAGAAGCAACACAAAAUGUUGUGGUUGUUUCAGCAAUUGCCAUUUUUAUCUCUCAUUUACUUUUUAUAACGCUAUCUGUUAGGUUUAGGUUUAAGGUUCCAGUUAGGGAUGUUGGUUUUGUUGAUUUAAAUCUCGAUAGAGCAGGGGUACUCAAUUAAAGUUCCAAGAGGUCCAGUCUCUACAUUUCCUUCCCAGCAAAGGUCCGGAUGGUAUGUAGCUUACAUGGUGUCAGUAGUUAUAUGGCUAGGAAAUGAUGUAUCUUUUUUAAUAAUUUUUAUAACUUGCCAUGUUGACAGCAAUAGUACUUUGUAAAAAAUAAUAAAUCCUGAUGACAUUAGGGUUCCCAGAGACAACUAGUGGGGUCUGAGAGAUCUUUUCUACCAAACAAUUUAAAUAUUUCAUCAAGAAUUCAUUAGUCGAUGGCACCUAGAUGUGAAUAUUAAAAGAUAACAUCAACAGUUUUCAUCAAGACAGCAGUCCAGAUUGUUGAAAUAUUUUUACAUUCAGAAUCUCUACCUAUGGUGCAUCCGGAAAGUAUUCACAGCGCUUCCCUUUUUCCACAUUUUGUUAUGUUACAGUCUUAUUCCAAAAUUGAUUAAAUUCAUUAUUUUCCUCAAAAUUCUACAAACAAUACCCCAUAAUGACAAUGUGAAAGAAGUUUGUUUGAAAUCUUUGCAGAAAAAGUGAAGCGCUGUGAAUACUUUCUGGCUGCAUUUGUAUAUAUGAGACAUAGGAGACCUUUUGACAGAUAAAAUACUGUGGGUUCAGGGGUGUCCUCUGAGAGAAAAUGUAAAAAAUUUAAAGGUCUGAAUGGACCAUUUUUAUAUUUUCACAAUUUUCACAAAAUUAGAACAAAAAUCUGUUUAUUAUGAAAGGCUCAUAACAUGCUGAUUAAUGAAGCUAUAUUUAAAUGGAAAAAAAAGUUAUAGUCUUAAGGCGGCAGGUUAGCUUGUCCUGACACAAACCUGGCUUAGCUGAACCGGCUGAAUCACAUAUCAGACAGUUGAAGAUAAUUUCACUGUACUUAAUUUUUGUUUUCUGCAGUGUUUAAGUGAAAGUUGCCUGUAUCUGUAGCGGUAUCUCCGCUACUGUUGUUAAAAUAACCGCACAUGCAAAUCAUGCGUACGGUAAUUUAGGCUUUAUGAGGUGCCUCAUGUCUAUAGUGAGGAGAGAGGCAACACGCGCUGAGCAGGAAUAAAGUGAGUAGGAGCCACGUAAUAUUUUGCAAAAAGGUUGCAACAGUCACGUAAUUGUCAUGAGGUCAGGCUGAUUUCUACAGUGAAUCAAAAAUUUUCUAAUUAUGCUUGACUCUAAAACAUUAAAUUGACUAGAAAUUGUUCUUUGUGAAGGCAGUCUCCAUAAAAUGUUUAAAAAGUCUCAUCAAGUAAUCGCAAUCAUCUCAAUAGGUGUGGGAACCCUGGAGGUUUCCCUAAAGGAAUUUUCAAUUUAAAGAGAUUUAUCAUUUUAAAAUCAUAGAAAGAGAGUGUGGUGAAUUAUCAUUUGCACAAAUCUAUGCUUCUCAAUAUGCUUUUGUCCAAAUAUGCUCAGUAAAAGAAACAGAAAAUAGGCACAUACUGAUUUUCCCAAAAUGACAAUUAAGUAGGGUAUUGUAGGUAAAUUAGCAUAGAAAUAUUGUAAUGUUUUAUUCAGUUGUCACCUGUCAGAAAUGUGCAUGUGGCCACUGCAUGUUUCAGCUGCAAAUAUAUUUUAAUUUAAAAGACCUUGAUAUUUCUUCACAGGGUAGAAAAUAUGACACCUAUAGGAGUGAUGUAGCGGUUUGAUUACACUACAUUAAUACAGAGGAUACUGAAAAUAAUUGAGGGUCAGAGAUUGAAUCUGUAACCACUUCAUUUAAAUCCUCUUUCUCUGAUAUAUGAAAAGAAUGCCACUAAAUUAGCCCAACUCUAGUGCAGAGAUGAGAAUCUGUGUCCAUUUAGGCAGGCAUUUAUUACUCUGCAUUCCUUUACUAGAUUCUUACGCGCAUCAAUGUCUCCUAUGUUCUGACUGUAUCGAUGGUGAAGAGAUAUUACAAGGUUACUCACUGACGAGUCAUUUGACAAUAAAAAUCAGAGAUGCAUCAUAAAUGACUUUAUUUCAGAUUUGAAUUGUGUGCUUGAGAAUUAUAUUUUCUGUCACCAGUAUGCACCCUUUUGUUGAAGCUUUUACCAAAACAGGUCAAGAUGAUUGACAUUUUUAUUGUUGAGAUAUUAUGUUUUGAGAAUAAUUUUCACCCUCUACCCCAUCCUAAAAUAUUCCACCAUGUCCUAUUGUGAAAAGCAUAAAAAACAAAACAAAAACAAAAAACAGAAAUAAAUGUUGCAAAAAGAUUUUCCACUGCCUAUCAUUUUCUCAAAAAGAAAUAUAGCUUUCAGUUUAAUAAUUGACAUUUAACCCUACAUGAAAUAUGUGAGUUAAGCAUCAACCACUGUGUUAUGGAUAGUAUAUGUCAGAUAACAUGCUUAAACUCUUUUGAACAAUUGCACAGAGGCUAAUGUCUUACUGUAUUUUACUAUCACUGCAACACAGACAUGAUCUCACGUUACAGGAGUAUUCUGGGUUCAAUACAUGUUAGCUCAAUCAACAGUAUUUGUGGAAUAAUAUUGAUUACCAAACCAAAUUAAUUUUGACUUGCUCCACCUUUUCUAUAAACAAACCAAAAUUCUGGGUUCCAGUGAGGCACUUACAAUGGAAGUGAAGUAAAUGGGGCCAAUCUGAAAAUGUUAAAAUAAUCACUGUUAACAUGAUUUUAGUGUGAUAAAAUGACUUACUAACCUUUUCUGUGUAAAGUUAUAGCCAAUUUUACAACUUCUUUGCCAUGAUGGUGAAAUGUCAACAAACCCUAAAUCUACUUUAACAAUUAUGAUUUUUACUACUUUACAGCUCAAAUAAUACACAGAGGAAUGAAUGUAAGUGCUUUUAUAAAAUGAUAAGCUUCAAAUUUCUGCCAUCAAACCCUCCACAAACUGCCCCCAUUCAUUUCCAUUGCAAGUGCCUCACUGUAACAUACAUUUUUUCUUUUUAAAUAAAAGUAUGGAUAAGUCGUGGUAAUCAAUAUUAUGCCACAAAUGCCAUCAAUUAGGCUUAAAUUGCAUUGAACCCAGAAUAUUCCUCUAAAGAGCCUUCUCUUGUAAACAUUUUCUUGUGAUUAAACCUAAAUUAGUUUUCAAUUAGUUGUUAGUUGUUAUAGUCUAAAUUUGAUUAAAUUCCGAUUUCAAGUUCUUUAUAUUUUUUUUUUUUAUGUAAAAGCUCAAACUAGCAUGUCAUAUAAUGUAUUGUUGCUCCCGCACAUUUUGCUAUCAAAGUUGUCAACUGUUGUUUAAAUGUUAGAUAAUUGACAAAAUUUCAUAGCUGUUCAAUUGUCAAGGAAAUACAAAAUAGAUGUACAUAAACUUUUCUUUCCUUGCAUAAAAGUAAAACGAUUCUUUAAGUCCUUAAGAAAGAACAGGGACAAUAAGAAUGGAGGAAAUUUGAGAAGUACCUCUGAUGAGCCUCCUCUUCUCACUUCCUCUUCUUCAUUAGCUUUCAUCCUCACAGCAGCAGUGAAAGUCUGGAUGGUCCAGCUGACACAAACCUCCCAAAAUGAGAGAAAAAUCAGAAGAUAUAUAAGAAAUCUCUUUAAUAGCUCAAUUGAUUCUCCUAGACAGCAUUGAGAUUAAUUGGAGAGCAUAUGGAGAAAAAGUAUCAUGCUUCUCAAAUGAGAAAAAGACCCCAGCAAUCUCAUGUGUCUUCAUUAAAGUUCUCAAUAAGUUCUUAAACUAUUUUCAGGUAUUCCAGAGAAUCAGAGAUUUUAAUAUGAACGUUUCUCAUCAAAUUCUUCAACACCAAAUUGUCUGAGCUAUGCUUUCCACAUUCUUUUUAUGGCUCUGUACUGUAUAGUUGUCUCAGUGUCCAUUUCUGAGACAAAUGUGAUACGUAUUGAAACAUUACUGAGAACUCCAAUAUAGUACUUGCAUGUUGCCAUCUUUGCUUCUUGGGUACUCAAUUCUUCCCCCACCCCCAAAUGUAUUUUUAGCCAGUCACAUAUGUCAUAUGCCAUGUGAAAGAUCACUCUAUAUUAGAAUUCCUUGCUGAAGAAAAGGAAAAACAAGUCUAUUCCAUACUGAUAAGACUCCUACAAGAAUAAGCUGAGGAAAAUUUUACUAUAAUGUUGUUGAUGAUGAUCUGUGAUGUAGGGUACUAUGAGAUACAUUAUACCACAGCAUAAGACCAGAUAAAAUAUAGGUGCGGCAGUUUUCACGAAAAAUUGUUCAGAAAACAAGAAAUAGUGGGAAAUGUACAGUACAAUGCACAUACAGUGCAUACUAUUUCCCAGAUUGUAACCAAGAUGAAGAUACAUUUCUGCUUUUGGAUAUCUAGUUUACUUGCUAAAUAAUACUGUGUGCUUCAAACCCUGAAUGUCUUUUAAAGGUUUACUGUUAGUGCCCUGGCAAACAUUGGAAAAUCUAGUGAUAAUUUCAUCCUAAAAAGUGAUUGUAUUAACCCAGUACCUUGUAAAUGCAAUUUUGUUUCCUGACAGACUAAUACAAAAUAUUAAAAAAAAAUCCUGUGUUGCAAUUGGACAUUGCAUCAAAUCAGCCAACCAUAUUAGUGCUUACUAACUUGUGAAAGCCUUUUCCAGUUUUGUAUGUAAUAUGCAAAAAUAUGUAAUAUACAUUUUGUUUGCCAUCUGACGUCAAUAGUCCAGCAGAUGGAAUUUUACAGCAAAUAUCCACCUUCUGUCCAUGUUCUGUAUUAUACCAGCAGUUUUUACAAAAAAGCAAGAUCAUUGCUCAAGUGUCCUGUCAAAAUGUAAAU